CAGGGUUAGGGUUGGUUGGUUUUCAUGUUGCUGCCGCCAACAGCUGUUCCUCUCAAUUGGCUAGGCUGAGCAGUUAGCUAUCUCCGAUUCCUCGCUUCUGCUGGGGUUUAUUAAAGAGCAAUGUCUGGUAUGGACGCGAUAGCAGGGGGACCAGUAACAAGGAGCUCAUCCCGUCAAACUCCUCUCCUCCGCCGCUGCGAAAGAGGACGGAAAUCAACCGCUAGCUUAAAUGCAAACCUUCGUGUUUGCGGAACCCAGCAGCGGUACCUACGCCGCAAGAGGCAGCGAGCAGCCAGCUAAUGUACCAAUUAGUUCAAAAUCGGAUUCUCCCAUCAGCGAUAUCUCCGGCAAUCUUCUCAUCCAUAUUCUUCAACGUCUUCCGGAUCCUAGAUCAGUUUGUGUUUGCAAAUCUGUCUGCAAGCAUUGGAACUUCCUCAUCUCCGAUCCGGGCACCCUCCGUCAGUUAGUUUCUUGACACAAGAUCAAUCCGACUGACGAAGGGCAGCGAUCCAUGUUGAUCUAUUUCGACCGGCCCGAAACACACGGUUCGAUCUUGAGGAAUUUUCCUAAUUUUUUUUCCAAUGGCAAUGGUCGCCGCCACAUCCAAGUUAUCUCAUGCUCCAAUGACUUGCUCUUGUGCGGGAGGAUUAGACCUAAAAACAGUGACCACCUUCUGCUCUGAGUCAUGGGAAUGGAAGUUCAGUUCUCUUGGGGUUCGGCCUUUGUCAGUUGAAUUACCAUUUCUACCUUCCACUGCACCCUAUAUUGGCGUCAGUAAUGCUCAUUCUACGUCCCUUGCUGGGAAGCUAUUUUGGAAGACUACAGGAGCCCAAGUUGCUGUUUACGAUCCUUUCAGCGAUCAAAGACUGCCAUUCAAAUUGAUUGAUUGUUCUCAUUUAUGGUCAAAUGAUAUUGCUAACAACAAUUUCUUGAUUGGGGUUUCUCAAGGCUAUUUGCGUGGGAUGGUGUUUCCACGCCCAGGUCGAGUUCACAGUAAAGGAUUCUUCCAUUGUUGGAAACUGGAAGAGGACAAGAGCGUGGUGGGCGGCUAUAGAUGGAGUUUUGAUUAUAAUGUGUCCAUGCGAAUGGUAUACAACAUUAUUGUCCCACAACUUAAAUUGAACAAGAUAGGAGGAAGGAGGAGGAUGCGGUUGGGGGUAUUGGGGGUUCAUCCCAGCAAGCCAGAGGUCAUCUAUUUUGAGUGUCAUGAUCAUAGUAAAAAGCAUAAUCAUGAUCCUUUCUUCUUCGACUUCCGCCAUCACUUCAGAGUUAAUGAUGGGAGCCUAAAACCUGAUCACAACUAUGAUCCUAUUUAUGUUGUCCCCUUUGAUGUGGUUAGGCAUAAGGUAGUUGGAGAGAUUAUACCAAUUGCUGAAAGUAAUGAGACCCAUCUUAGAUUUAAAAUGUGGGGCAUGUUUGGAGUAGAUGAUCCAAUCGGCUGGGCUGUGUUCCAGCCUGCGAUUCCUUUCUGGCCAACUCCAAUUCCGGUUCCAGAUUUUGCAAACGAAGUUGUUGAAGAAGAACCAGAAGAUGUGGACGAGAGUCAUAUGUAUGAAAAUGCUUUCCGUUACCUUGUCUGGUGACACAAUUGGUUUGGAGGCAAUGCUGAGUGAUGCUGCACUGUUGCUGUAACCUGUUAACUUCUAAAGCAAAAAUCUGCAUGAGCAGAGCUCAGCGUUAUAGUUCCUGAAUAAGAAAAAAUAAAAUUGGGUACCAAAUUGUAAUUUUGAUUGCCUGAAAUUUAGAUUCCAAUUUUAUUUUGGGCUUCUGAUAUUUGGAUUGACGAGGUUAUCUUAGCAGUUAGCAUAGGAUUUCCUAUUUGGGAGUUUGAUGGCAUCUAUACAAGCCAAGCUGAUUGGCAGAUAUGUUUGCUUGAAGAAGAAAGCUGAUUGGUUUUGAUUGACGAAGCAGCUUUGUAAUGCACUAUGUUUGUAAAGGUAAUUAGAUCACUAAUUAAACGUGCACUUUAUAUAUGAACGGUUGCUUUGUACUAGCUAAUGCAAGUAAAUGCUUUUUCUAAGA